AUGAACAAAUACUCAAAAGUCACAGAGGGGGAGACCUUGUGUUUUCCAUGGAAAUUGCCUCCGCAAACAAACAAUUUAGUUUCUGUUGGUGAUAUUCUUGCUGGGGUCGCUGGUGCAAAUGGCGAGGUGGUUUCGUUAAUGGUUCGAGUCUCGUUCGUCUCAGCGGUCGAGAAUAUCUUCUCCUCAAGCAUGAGAGGCAGGUAAGAAAGUGCGACGUUGUGGUUGUGGAUGAAAACGCAAUUCAUUUGACUGUUUGGGAACAGCUGAUAGAACAAAUCAAAGUGGGAAAAUCCUAUAUAAUCAGUAACCUGAAAGCUGGCUUCUUCAUUUCAUUGUUCCUAAACAUGACGAAGAAAACAAUCGUGACUGUUCUUGAAGAAGGGAUUGAAUUGUCGGCAGAAGCGAUCGGAAAGGCACAAGAGUGCCCAACAGUCGAUUGUCAGACCAGGUGA